CCACACCGCUGGAGCGGCCCCCACACUGGGCGCCGAAACCUCAGGAGGGUCUGCGCCCUGGGGCCCCGCUGUCGCACUGUGACUCGUUCCUCCUGGCCGCCUCUUCUGUAGAUGAACUGUUCAUAGUAACCCGCCCAAGCGGACUCAUUGUGGGGACAAAACGCGAUGGUCUGUGUAAAGGCCUCUCAGUCUCUAUGUAAAAGCUGGCUGACGCUUUCCAGAGCAUCACGCAGGACAGAGCUGACUGGAGUAUCGAUACUGGGCGGACUUGAAAACAUGUAGAGCAUAAGGCUCAAGAAAGUUCUCUCUAUAUGCCUGUUUUUCUCACCUAGCCCACAAAAGAGUUUAACCCCAGUGAAGCAUUUCCUUGGACUUGCAUUUCACACCUUCCUAUGGCUACUGGAAACAUAUUUAAAUACCUGUUUCUUUUUGCAAAUUCAGGAGGCUGUGCUGUGUGGCAAUGAGGUCAGCUCUGUGUAAUGGGCUGGGGGGAAGGACAGACGGUUGCAAAUAAAGCAAUACAGUCACGAGUCCUCACGGUCUGUGAUCCCUAACAGGAUCUUCACUGUUCCUGGACAGCGUGUCACCACUCUGCUUCAUCAUUAAAAUGAUAGUUACUAGUUCCUGUGCGUCCGUCGCUAUUUAAUCUUCAUGAUCCCAAUCUUCAGAUGAGGAAGCAGAGACUAAAGGAUUAAGUCAUUUUCAGAGGUCACUUCACUUGGUAGUAAGGCCAAGACUCAAGCAGUCAUUCCAAGCUCUCCCUGCCUUACCCUCUGCUCUCAGUCUUGACCUGUCUCAGCAGCCAUACCAGGACAGCAGAGGCAGAAAAACCUGUGUAGGAAUCUCCUCCGUAUCCAUUGACAACAUCAGGCAAAUCACUUGACCCCUGCUUUGUGACGGAGCUUAUGCUUUGUGGCCAUGGAGAAUGCCGAAGGUGCCGGCCAGCAUGUGCCCGAGCAGAGCGCGCCCGCCCAGGGGCCAGCCCAGAGCAUCGCUCCACAGGGGCCUCAGGGAGACCCGGGCCAGCUUCUUUACCACGAGGAGACCAUCGAUCUCGGUGGAGACGAGUUCGAAUCCGAGGACUCGAAUAAUUUCGCAGAUAAACUCGAUGAGCCCCUGAUGGAGAGCGUACUCAUCUCCGACUCCCCAAACAACAGCGAAGAUGACGCGGGUGACCUGGGGUGUCUGCAGGACGUGGGGGAGCCCACCGAGGGCAGUGACGAUCACAGACUGGGACCCUGCGCAGAAGAGGGCACGCUGGGCUCUCUGAGUGACGGCGGUGAGAGUGAUGGCGGGGACACGCCUCAGGACAUCUCAGACAUGACCCCUGAUAGCAGAGCGUCAUUGAAAGAGGACCCCGAGCGUGGCAACGUGGAAGACCCGCCUGCUUCUGAACACAGGGGCGCAGAGGACCUGGGUCCAGGGGCUGAGCGGGUGCCCGUGGCAGGGCCGCCGUCAGGAGCAUCCCCCCGGCAGCCAGCCCCCAAGGACGAGCCGGUGCCCGUGUGCACCAUCUUUAGCCAGCCGCCCCCCGGCGCCCCCACCCCAGCCCUGCGUGACGGCUUCGAGUCCCAGAUGGUGAAGUCCCCCAGCUUCAGCGGCGCCAGCGAGGCUGCCCCCAGGACCCCGCCACAGGCGGUCCAGCCGAGCCCCAGCCUCAGCAAGUUCUUCGGCGAUCCAACCGGCAGCAGCUCCUUGGCCUCGGACUUCUUUGAUUCCUUCACAACCUCCACCUUCAUCUCCGUCAGUAACCCCAACGCCAGCCCUUCCCUUCCGGAAAGCCUGUCUUCGCUCGCUGCUACCCCCGUGGGAGGAAGCUCCCCGGGUUCCGUGGACGCUGCCUCCUCCCCAGGGGUGGAGAGGCCAGGGUCGGGUGUCUCCACGGCGCCUCUGGAGAUCUCGCAGUCCCCAAAGCCGUUCUCACAGAUCCAGGCGGUGUUUGCCGGCAGCGAGGACCCGUUUGCCACCGCCCUGAGCAUGAGCGAGAUGGACCGGCGAAGCGACGCCUGGAUCCCCGGGGAGGCGACCAGGAGCGUCCUGGUCUCGGUCGCCACACAGCAGUACGGCUCGGUGUUCGUGGACAAGGAAGACCUCACCAUGCCCGGCCUCAAGUUCGACAACAUCCAGGGAGAUGCAGUUAAGGACUUAAUGCUUCGCUUCCUGGGUGAAAAAGCAGCGGCAAAGAGACAGGUGCUGACCGCCAGCUCCGUGGAACAGUCUUUGGUUGGACUGAAGCAGCUCAUCAGCUGCAAGAACUGGCGGGCUGCGGUGGACCUGUGCGGGCGGCUGCUCACGGCCCAUGGCCAAGGAUACGGCAAGAGUGGGCUGCCGACCAGCCACACGGCGGACUCCCUGCAGCUCUGGUUUGUGCGGCUGGCGCUGCUGGUGAAGCUGGGCCUGUUCCAGAACGCCGAGGUGGAGCUGGAGCCGUUCGGCAGCCUGGACCAGCCGGACCUCUACUAUGAGUACUACCCGCACGUGUACCCGGGGCGCAGGGGCUCCAUGGUCCCCUUUUCCAUGCGGAUCCUGCACGCCGAGCUCCAGCAGUACCUGGGGAAGCCCCAGGAGGCCCUGGACCGGCUCCACAGGGUGAAGGCCGUCUGCAGCAAGAUCCUGGCCAACCUGGAACAGGGCCUGGCGGAGGAUGGGACCAUGAGCAGCAUCGCGCAGGAGAACAGGCAAGCCCUCCAGCAGGGAGCCCUGCCCAUCUACAGCCCACUAGGGCGGCCCUGCUACACAGUGGCUCACCUCCUGGUCCAGUCCGGAUCUGUCCACCCUGAAGCCGGGCAGCCAUUGAGAGCGCAGCCCGGGGAAUGGGCCGAGCGGCACAGGAAGCCGUGGCCAGGGCAGGGCCGCAGGGACGUGGUGCUCCCCUCAGCACACGUGUGCGUCCAGCUGCCACCUUGGGCGAGCCGGUUCGUACAGCAGCGUGAGGCCGUGGUGUCAAUGCCGCCCCGCACGCCAGCCACUCCCGGCACCAUCAGGCCAUGGCUGCCCGACCAGAGUGAACGGCGCUCUCCCUGGAGAGCCCACUGCAGCCCUGAAGGGGUGGCGUGUCUUCACCCGGCAGAGGACAGUCUCCCUGAAUGGCCUCCAGCCAACAGCAGCUAUGGGCCAGGCUCCUCGGAGCAUGCCUGA